ACCGGUAAGCCCCGCCCACACGCGCUGAUGCAACCCGCGGCUCCUCCGCUAUAAAAGCUCCGCGCCCGCCGCCGCCGACGCUCGAAGCAUCACUUCGUCAUACAUGGAGGAGACAGCGCGGCGACGUUUGGAGGAGACACCGGAGCGCUGCGAACAGGAACCAGGAUGGUCUAUACCCCGGCUCUGCUCCUCGGACACGGAGGACACGGAGUGCCCGGGCUGCCCGCGGAGGGGGACGGGGGCGUCGCGGCGAUGAUUGGAAAGUACUGGUCCCAGCUCACGUCCCCGGGCGGCCGACAGACGAGCGCGGCCCGGCGGGGCAGCGUCGACAGCUGCGACGACAGAGACACAAACUCCCCCUUUACCGAAUCGGAUGCUGGUGUGGAGCAGGAGGAGCGGCUGCUCCAGCGGGGUGUGACCCAGCGGAUAGAGCGCUGCCUGACGGAGGCCAAGGCCUCCAGCCUCCACUGCCAGGUGCUGCUGCUGCCCCGCCGGUUGACGGGCCGCGUCGGCCAGGACGUGGUGCGCUCCGCCGCCGACGAGCCCUGCGGCCUCCGCGGCGCCUCCAUCGGGGUCCACGUGGAGUGCAGAGACGGCCUCAGGUCCGCAGGGAUCAUCUCCCCGGACCCAAGCGUCACCCCGACGUUCGAGCUGUCGGUGAUCUUCAAGGCGGACAAGGACGACGGCUGGCCGCCGCCGCUCAAGCACAUCUUCGAUACCAACAAGGUGCUGAAGCUGCGACCAGAGUACCGGCUGGUGAAGAGGAAGCUCUACUCCUCCGCCAGUCCCGUCAUCCAUGAUUUCAGCUAGGGCUGACGUCAAGAAUUUCAACCCCUUUCAUGUUUUUUUCUAUUUAAAUGAUCUCCAUGUUUGAAAUGUCGGGCUUAAUGCAGUGCAACAUUCUGGAGUGCCUCUGUGCUGUAUCAUGGCUCCAAGGAAGCAGACAGUCUCCACAUGUGAAUGUCUAACUUAUUUUUCUACUGUCGCCAACGUGACUGCAGUAUUUUUGCACAGAAAUGUACACUGUAGGCAAACUUGCCAGGACUGGGCAGGUCUCACUCCUGAAAUGUGCUGUACCUUUUGUUACUUUAUUUAUGACUGUAAAAAUAAAUGUUACAGUUUUUCUAA